GGUUGAGGCAGUGAAGGGAGGGAUGAGCAGUGAUGCUGGAUGCUUGUGUGUUCCCUCCGUACAUCAGCAGCCAAACUCUCCCCUCCUCCCCGCUCUCACACACUAGGACUCGGCCAGCCAGAGGCAGCCGCGAGGGACGGAGCUCAGCCAGGCGCGCACUCCUUUCCCCCUCCUCCGUCGCAUCUACGGUCCACCUACUAACCCUAAUGGAUGUCCCAAUCUAUAGCAGCUUUAGACGUCGGACCACGGCCGAGUAGACGUUCUUGUCGGCCUUACGUCACGCUCCGUUUUUCCAUGCCGUAAACGGGUGGUGUAGGACGGCAGAGAGACGGAGAGGAGACUCGCUCCCCCUCGUUAGCAGGGGAAGCUAACAUUGCUAGCUAACUUUAGCCGCAACACUUGGUACCCUACAGGACUUUCGUGGCUAGCCUGAGGUGGACUCGGUGCUGCCCCGUCGCUCUUUUAAAUCAAGGGGCAUGUUUGAGUGACAAGCAAAGGAGAAAGUGGGAUCUCUGACGCUCUGCCCUCUCUGCUGGUGGAGCCUCCCCCCCCCCCCCCAAUAUCUGACCAGAGACCCCCCUUGUCACCUGGAUAGGUGACACUUCCAGGAUGCGGAGAUUUGCCUACUGCAAGGUGGUUCUGGCCACCUCUCUGGUGUGGGUGAUGCUGGACAUGUUUAUCCUGCUCUACUUCAGCGAGUGCAACAAGUGCGACGACAAGAAGGAGCGAGGACUGCCUGGUAGAGAUGAUACCAUCGCGAGGCCGCGGGAUGGUCCCGGAGAAGGGGGGAAGCCUGUGGUGAUCCCAAAGGAGAACCAGGAAAAGAUGAAGGAGAUGUUUAAGAUUAACCAGUUCAACCUCAUGGCCUCGGAGAUGAUUGCACUCAAUCGGUCGUUACCCGAUGUUCGGCUAGAAGGGUGCAAGAACAAGUUAUAUCCUGACAAUCUGCCCAGAACCAGCGUGGUGAUUGUAUUUCACAACGAGGCGUGGAGCACGCUGCUGCGGACCGUCCACUCUGUCAUUGACCGCUCUCCCCACACACUGUUGGAGGAGAUCGUUCUGGUGGACGAUGCCAGUGAGCGAGAUUUCCUAAAGCGGCCGUUGGAGAAAUAUGUGCGAAGUCUGGAGAUUCCUGUCAGGGUAGUGAGGAUGGAUCAGAGAUCUGGACUCAUUCGGGCUCGCCUCAAGGGGGCUUCAAUCUCUACAGGCCAGGUCAUUACCUUUUUGGAUGCUCAUUGCGAAUGCACGACAGGCUGGCUGGAACCACUGCUCGCUCGAAUCAAGCACGACAAGCGAACAGUUGUGUGUCCCAUCAUCGACGUGAUCAGCGACGACACCUUCGAGUACAUGGCGGGAUCAGACAUGACGUACGGAGGUUUCAACUGGAAGCUUAACUUCAGAUGGUACCCAGUGCCACAGAGAGAAAUGGACCGCCGCAAGGGAGACCGCACACUUCCUGUCAGGACUCCCACCAUGGCGGGCGGCUUGUUCUCCAUCGACAGAGAUUAUUUCCAGGAAAUUGGCACGUAUGACGCAGGCAUGGACAUCUGGGGUGGAGAGAACCUGGAAAUCUCUUUCAGAAUAUGGCAGUGCGGUGGAACCCUAGAGAUCGUCACGUGCUCGCACGUGGGUCACGUGUUCAGAAAGGCCACGCCCUACACGUUUCCCGGAGGAACGGGACAGAUCAUCAACAAAAACAACCGACGACUGGCAGAGGUCUGGAUGGACGAGUUCAAGAACUUCUUCUACAUCAUCUCCCCUGGUGUGACCAAAGUGGACUACGGUGACAUCACGUCUCGCUCUGCUCUCAGACAGAAGCUUCAAUGCAAACCUUUUAGUUGGUACUUGGAAAACGUCUAUCCCGACUCCCAGAUUCCUCGCCACUAUUACUCUCUUGGAGAGAUCCGAAACGUGGAGACCAAUCAGUGCUUGGACAACAUGGCCCGCAAAGAGAACGAGAAGGUGGGCAUCUUCAACUGCCACGGCAUGGGGGGCAACCAGGUGUUCUCCUACACGGCCAACAAGGAGAUCAGGACGGACGACCUGUGUCUGGACGUGUCCAAACUCAACGGGCCCGUCAUGAUGCUCAAGUGUCAUCACCUUAAAGGCAACCAGCUGUGGGAGGUACGACGCCGUGGUGAGCCAAGCGACAAAAGUUUGGAGACACUUUGUCAUGCUGCUGAAAAGCUGAGCCUGGUGCACGUCAACAGCAAUCAGUGUUUGGACAAAGCCAGCGAGGAGGACAGUCAGGUCCCCAGCGUCAGAGACUGCACGCACACACGCUCGCAGCAGUGGCUGCUCAGGAACGUCACGCUACCUGAGGUCUUCUAAGCACACAGGAUGAUGACCCCCUUCCCCCACCCUGACCUACGGACACACACAUGCUCUCUCACACACACAUGCAGCGACCGGGAGCCAAAAGGGGCGCGGGGGCCGUCCCGUGAGGUGAGGAUGAGGACGGGGAGGACGCCUGUGCUGGUACGACUCCCUGCCUGCCUUCUGUCACGGGCAGGAGGAGCGUUGGUUGGAGAGGAAAAGACUCCCACUUGGAAGAAGCUGGAUAUUUCUCUUUUCUUUUUCGGACAUUCAGCGAGUGAUUUAGUGUGAGAACGUCGUCAUCGUCAUCUUGUAACGUUUACUGGCCGCCUCUUCUCAGAAUGUGUGCACUUAAUUUGUGUGUGACAUGAAUGUUUGCUUCUUUUUUUAUUUAAUUUCCUUGUGAAAAUGAACUCUUACGUGUCCUCUCCUUGCUGAAGUGUAUGUCUCCCUCUGGUGUCCACUCCGUGUCAUUGCACCCAACAGACUGACCGAAAAGGAGCGGUUUAUCUUUAAAAAAAAAAAAAAGAAAAGCAGACACCCCAACAAAACGAGGAACAUUUUUUGUGAUAUCACUGCCUAAUCAUGUGACUCCACUGGAUCAGAUGCUCUUCCGGUCAAGUAACACUCCAGGGUGUGCGCGCGCAAUCAAGCUUCUUCCAUAUUGUUGAGUCACGUGAGCAUCAGCUGAGCAGUUUGUCAACUUCCAAAUGUUUUUGGUUCAUUUUUUUUAAACAAAGCUGCUUUUGAACGCAACACGGAGAGCGUGAGUGAGGCAUUCAGGGACUGAAGGAGGGUAAAAAAACAAGACAUGUUUGCGUCUUUUAGGACAUAUCUGACCUUGUCAGCUGACGUCAUAUUUCACUCCGCUCAUAUCUCAUAAGGCGCUAAACAUCCAUCAUGUUUUUUUGUUGUUUUUUUUACGUAUCAUGACGUGAUGUGUUUACAUCAUCUUGGCAGAGUGUGCAAGUUGUGGUGUUUGGAUUGUGUCGGCGUGUCCACUCUGACAAUUAACAUCAAAUGUAGAAAAUAAAAGUGAAGGCAUUUACACAACCUGACAAGGAAAACAUAAA